UACAGAAGGCUCACUAUUUUGACAGACCAAUCAAAGGACUCCAAAUAACUAGCCACUAAUUUGUAGGAUAAACCCCAGAGACCGGCAUGGGAGACUCUGUUUGCCAGUGACCCGCUACCUUUCUCUCUCUUAAGGCAAGAUAUAAAAUACCCAAAGCUAAUAACUACCCAUUGCGGCCAUUUCUGGUGGACCUGAAAGAAGAUAAAGACAGAGUCGCUGUGAGAGAGAGCAAAAGACUUUAUUAUGUAUGACAACGCUUGAGUCAUCCUCACUGGUGGAGGUGGAGUCUACCAUGGAUGUCACCAUCAUUUCGCCUAAACCAGAACCGAUACUCCCCAAAACCAACAAGAAGAAGCGGCUCACCAUAGAAUCCAACAUCGGUGGUGGUGAUGGUGAUGGUGAUGACGACACUGAGAAGGACUGUGAUGUGGAAGUUUGGGAUACGCUUAGCAAGAGUUUCAGGCAGGUGCAAGCCGUUCUCGAUCAGAACCGCAACCUGAUUCAACGUGUAAACGAGAACCACCAGUCGAUGAUACCAGAUAAUCUCGCAAAAAACGUUCCCUUGAUUCGCGAGAUUAACGAGAAUAUCUCCGAGAUCAUCUCUAUUUACUCCGAUUUAUCUGUCAAUUUCUCCAACGCUGUGCGGGAACGGCGUCGCAUUAAGAAAGGAAGCAGUGGGGAGAGAUCCGAUUCCUGAAACUCGAUCGAUGAAUUUAAAUGAGUCAGUGAGUCUUUGUUUGCUGUGUGGUGUGGUUUCUUUAUAUAUGCUAGCGUGUUGCGGUUACGGCGGUGGUGGCGGUGGACGCGAUAACAAUAAUGGUUUGCUUAUGUGGUGUUGGUUGUUAUGUUUGUUUGUGUUUUUUUAAGGAUUGUUUCAUGCUGCGGGACUGCUUUUAUCUCCAUUACCUCUUUCCCCGUGGACGUAAUAAGGUAUUUAUGUUCUAUUUUACUUUUCAUUUUGUUCUA